AUGGAGGCGGCGGAAGUGAGCGGGGCGGGGAUCGCGGCGAUUGCGCACAUCUGGGAGGCGAUCUUCAACAGCCUGGGCGACUCCGCCUGCAGCCUCAAAGCCCUCGCCGCCGCCCCCUUCCCCCGCAGCCUCAUUGGCUUCGCCGCGCCGCUGCUGCAGGCCGCCACCUUCGGCGUGCUGCUGUGUCUGCACUGCGCGCUCUUCACCAUUUCCAUUUUGCACCCGCGGGGGUCUUUGUGUCUGGUGCCGCGGCCCUUUGCUGCAGCAGCAGCAGCAGCAGCAGCAGCAGACUUUUACGAAGUGGAGGUCCGCUGCAUGCAGUGGGCCUGUCUGUGUCUUUACUUGCUCACCACCGCCUUCCUCACUUCCGUCUUGCUGCCUUUUUCCGCGCUCUUCGAGCUUAACCGCCAAUUUAGGGUUUAG